AUGGUCCGGUUUUGUCGGGGCCGAAACAUCAGGGACGACUUACUCUCAGUCUGCCCCACCACUCUCACUGUUAACCUCCUCGAGAAGUCCCUCCUAGCAGCCGAGAAGAGCAUUCUCGCUGUAGGGGCCUCUCGUGGUGACCCGCGCACCCCCAUCUUUGAGGGGUGUUCCCCCUCCCCCCUCCUGCCCUCUGUCGCCUCUGCUGCUACGGCCGACCUAGUUGGUUUUGAGUCGGUCUGUGCGGCGUCUGCCCCCAGUGGGAGACGUCGCUCUAGCAAGGGCAAAGGGGGCAGGAGCGGUGGUGGAGGCGGCGGGGGCGGUGGGAGCGGCGGUGGAGGCAGCGGAGGAGGUGGGGGUGGUAGCGGGAGUGGUGUCGGGAGUGGAGGUGUCAGCGGCGGCAGUGGAGGCGGGGGUGGCAGCGGCGGUGGUGGUGGGAGUGGAGGCGGAGGCGGCGGUGGCGGCAGCGACGGUGGGAGUGGCGGUGGCAGCGGAGGUGGUGGCGGGGGCAGCGGAGGAGGCGGCGGAGGAGGUCGUGGCUCGUCGCAGAGGAGUGGCUCCGGUGGCGGUCAGCGCCAACAGCAGCGGCAGCAGCGUGGUCAGGAGACCCUCUCCCCGCAGCAGCUCCGUGAGUGGUACGCUGCACGUCAGAGGGGUGGGGGUACUGGUCCGUGCACCUACGUCUUGCGCACGGGCGACCGUGCGGGUGAGCCGUGUGGUGGUCCACACCCCGCCCAGCGCUGCUUCGGCCGCCUGACUGACGCUUGGCGCCGCCAGUUUCCUGACGCCUCUGAGAUCCCUCGCUGGGACCAGCUGUCUAGGGCAGGAGUAGCUAUCUUUGAUCUUGACUUUGAUGCUAUUCUUGCUGCCAUGUAUGCUGUGACCAUUAGUGAGGAGGGUGACUGUUACCGGUGUUUCCCGCCCGACCCGGGCAUUGGUACUGCGGCUCUAGGUGCUGUUGAGGCUGCUGCUCCAGGUGCUGGUGAGGCUGUCGCUCUAGGUUCCAGUGAGUCUGUGUCCUCAGGUGCUGGUGAGUCUGCUCUCUCAGGUACUGCGUCGGCUCCGCCCUCUCUCACCUUCACUCUUGACUCAGGGGUGUCUCGCUCCUUCUUUCGAGACCGCACCACACUCACGCCGCUUAGUCGGCCAGUGGCAGUCUCCCUGGCAGACCCCUCUGGGGGUCCUGUUCUGGCUCGCUACUCCACUGUCCUGCCGUGCCCUGCGGUCCCGUCUGGCGCCCUGUCCGGUCUCUACCUCCCCUCGUUCUCUACGAACUUGGUGGCGGGUGCUGACAUACAGGAUGUAGGGGUCGACCAGUUCACCCCUGCAUGCAGACGGGACACCCACUGCACGGACGCGGACACGGGUCGACACUUGACCACGUUCACACGUGGGCCGGGGUCGAGCCUGUACACACUCACUGUUCCGUCUCCUCCUCCUGCGUCUGGUCAGGUAGCUGCGUCGGGUCAGGUGUUUGCUGCAGCGUCCAGGUCUGGUCCUGAGUCUGCCCCCUGCUCGUGUCGCCUCCUGUCCCACGAGACCCUCCUGUGGCACCACAGGAUGGGUCACCCCUCCCUGCCUCGUCUCCGGGGCAUGGCCUCUCGCCUUCUUGUCUCUGGCCUUCCCCGGUCCCUCCCUCCCCUUCCUCAGGGGCCUGGCCCUCCCUGUGUCCCCUGUGUCGAGGGUCGCCUGCGGGCUACCCCUCACUCCUCCCCGUUUCCUCCGACGGAGGCCCCGAUGCAGACGCUUCACAUGGACGUGUGGGGUCCAGCCCGCGUCCGUGGACAAGGUCACGAGCGCUACUUCCUGCUGGUGGUUGACGACUACUCGCGUUACACCACAGUCUUCCCCUUGCGCAGCAAGGGUGAGGUCACUGAGGUGUUGAUCGACUGGAUCCGCGCAGCUCGCCUCCAGCUCAGGCGGAGCUUCGGCUCGGACUUUCCUGUUUUGCGUCUGCACUCGGACAGAGGCGGAGAGUUCUCCUCCGGCCUUCUGCGAGCCUACUGUCGGGCACGAGGCAUCCGCCAGACCUUCACGCUUCCGUACUCUCCACAGCAGAAUGGGAUUGCUGAGCGCCGCAUAGGCAUUGUCAUGGACGUCGCCCGUACGUCCAUGGUGCAUGCGGCUGCCCCCCAUUUUCUGUGGCCGUUUGCGGUUCGGUACGCCGCACAUCAGAUCAACCUUCAGCCCAGGGUCUCCAGACCGGAGACCUCUCCAACUUUGCUGUGGACGGGGAAGGUUGGCGAUGCGUCGGCGUUCCGUGUCUGGGGAUCUCGGGCGUUUGUCCGCGACUUGUCUGCGGACAAGCUGUCCCCUCGUGCUGCUCCUUGCGUCUUCCUGGGUUUCCCCCCUGACGCACCUGGGUGGCAGUUUUACCACCCCACCUCUCGUCGUGUUCUGUCCUCCCAGGACGUCACGUUCGACGAGUCGGGUCCUGCCCCUUCAGGUGUGUCUCAGGUAGACGCGGUCGAGCCUGUCGAGGUUGCUGGUGACUCUGGUGCUGCUGCGGGUGCGGAGCCUCAGGGUGCUGAGACUGGGGGUGCUGAGACUGGGGGUGCUGAGCCUGGGGGUGCUGAGACUGGGGGUGCUGAGCCUGGGGGUGCUGAGCCUGGGGGUACUGAGCCUGGGGGUGCUAAGACUGGGGGUGCUGAGCCUGGGGGUGCUGAGCCUGGGGGUGCUGUGCCUGGGGGUGCUGAGCCUGGGGGUGCUGAGCCUGGGGGUGCUGUGCCUGGGGGUGCUGAGCCUGGGGGUUCAGCGUCUGGGAGUGCUGCGCCUGCUACUUCUGUUCCUGGUGGUUCUCCAGACCGGUCUUCGCGCCGCGAGCCGCUCUCUCCUCUGGAGCCGCGUGAGUGGUUUGCCCGGCGCUGCAGGCGAGCUGCUGGAGCCGGGGGUACUGCGGGUGCUGGAGGUUCCGUUGCUGCCGAGGGAGCUGGUACCACGGGUCCCGAAGGCUACGACUGUCGGUCCUACUGCGGGUAA